AUGGCGCUGCAUCUCUGUCAGCUCCAGGAAAACAGGUUUUCAUUUCAAAUGAAGACCUGUUCAUAAAGAGUUUGGCUGAAGGGAUUGUGUUUUGGAUAAUUAGUGCCAGAAUGAUCCAUGUCUCUCUGAUCAACGACCUGAUAUCGGGGACAUGCACUGGGAUAAACAUCGUGCUGCCGAUAAAUCUUCAACUUGGCUAUUCAUUAGGAAAAACUGGAAACGCUACUACAAUGAAUCAGGCAACUCAGACGGCUGAAUAUGAAACAGAUACUGCUAGUACACCUCAUGGUCCCUGUACCCACAACUGUCCGACAUCACAGCCAAGCAGUAAGGCGUCACCAACGGCUUCACAAAGUUCAGCAGCAACAACAAUCAUUCUGGAAGAUGUCCGCAACGAAGAUAUUGCAAAUCCUAUCACAAAGGCAAUUGAACAUCUCUGGAUAAGAACUGAAAAUUCUACAUAUGCAUUGGUCUUUUUCUCAUCAUCGGGAAAUACCACGAAGAUCAAAUUUGAUAACCGAAAAUUAAUUGGGAUCAUUCUGCUACCAAUUCUGAUCCUUUUUCUGCUUGGUUUAAUUAUUGCCAUUGUGAUGACUUGUUCCUCUGGGAAAAGAAAAAGAAAAUAUGAUGAUAUAAUUCCAACAAGCCCUAUAUUCGAGGAAGAUGCAGCUUCUGUGAUGGAAGUUGAAAUGGAAGAAGUCACCAAAUGGAUGGGCAGCAUGAAACAAAAGAGUCAACAUGAAAACUUAUCAGAUGUCAUUGAAGACAAGAAUUAAAAUGCAGCAACCUUCAAUCAAGGAUCGUUUGCGGUAAAGAAUGAUUCCGAUCCACCACAACGGCAUAACUGUAUGAACAACUGAAUGAGUUUGAUUGCAACUGUUCAUUUCAUUUUUUUUAAGAAUGCUUGCUCAUGAAUUAAUUUUUAACAAAUGUAACAAAUACUGUUUUUGUUAAUUUCGUGCUGAAAUGUUUCUGUCCCCAUACCUUAACUUUCUGUACUUCUGACAUUUACUGUUUUUAGUCUAAACAGAUCAGUGGGAUUCUCAGUUCUGAUUAAAUAAUUACCUUUAUAUUUCUGUUCAGGUAUUUAAAAUGUAGGUGUGAGUAUUUGUUGAUAAACAGUGACCGUUCUAUCUGAGUUGUGCUGUCUAGUCUGGUGUGCAGGAGACACAAGAAACUGCAGAUGCUGGAAUCUUAAGUGAAAAACGAAGCGCUGGAGGAACUCAGUGGGUCAGGCAAUAUCUGUGGAGGGAAUGGGAGAGAUGAUGCUUCCGGUUUUGAUACUUCUUCAGACUAAUGGAGAGGAUGGAGGAAAGCUGGUAAAGAGAGACAAGGGGAAGGAGUCGGGCAAAGACUGGCAAUUGGAUCACAUCAUUUGCAGUUUUUGCUUCAUACUUUUCCCCACACCUCUUUCUGUACGAGCUAUCUGCCCUCUACUCCAACUGUUUGAAGAAGCAUCCUGUCCCGAUACGCUGUCUUUCCAUGUCCCUUCACAGAUGGUGUCUGGCUGGUUGAGUUCCUCCAGCAUUUAUUUUUAGUCUGUUGAACAUAUUUAUUUCAGAAAUUAUUGUGCCCACAUUCUGAGUAGAACAUAGAUACAAAGGAGAUCAAUGUAGGGGAACAUUUUAUGCAUCUACAUUUUGUCUGUUAGACAAUAGGCAAUAGACAAUAGGUGCAGGAGUAGGCCAUUUGGCCGUUCGAGCC